AUGUUUUCCACUGUUGCCUCUCAACAACCUCAAAAACAUGCACCUGAUCGACGAUCGUCGUUAUCUUCUGCUUCCUUACAUUUUGGCCUUCGAAAAUCAACAGGACAAUUCUCUGAAAAGAACAUUAGUGAAUGGACAAAGGAAGAUUUAGUUGAAUGGGCUAAAUCUUACAAGUAUGAGGAUGCUCCAGAAAAGUUUUUACAAAAUGAUUGGGAUGGACAAUGUUUAAUCUAUGUGACAAUUCAAGAUUUAUUGGAUAUUGGUAUUAAAAAAGGAGAAGCUAAAUCUAUUGAAACAAGACUCAAACCACUUCUUCAAAAAGAUAGAAAUAUCCACAUCUCAUCUACCGAUAUUUCUUUCACAAGAGACUUGUUGUUUGGACCAAACAUUCAAUAA